AUGACUUCCAACGCCAAAAAGUCGACUGAAUUCGAUGUGACUGGGGACGGCCAAGAUUGCCUCAGUGAGAGCGACAAACAAAAGGCAGCAGAAGAGAUAUACCGACGAUGGUCAAACCGCGAGGUGGGAAUUGGCGGAAAAGACGAGCUGCCAUUGUUUGAAAAGCUGAAUAGCCUUGCAAACCUCUAUGUGUAUCAGGGCCGGCAGGCAGAAGCAGGAGAGAUAUAUCAUCGACUCCUUAGUGCGGCGAAGGAAGCCCUGGGAUCUGAACAUCAACUGACCCUUGAUACACUGAACAACCUCGGAAACCUCUACACUUAUCAAGGGAGAUUCAUAGAGGCGGGGAAGAUGUAUGAGCAGGCGCUUUCUGGCUAUAGACAUACCCUACAGCCCGAACAUCCGUCCGUACUCGAUACGAUGAACAACAUGGCAAACCUCUAUGCUAGCGAAGGGAGGCUUUUGACGGCAGAAAAACUGUACUAUGAAGUAUUUGCAAAGAAAAAGAAGGUCUUAGGGCCCAGUCAUCUAUCAACCAUCGAUACAAUGAAUAAUCUCGGAAAUCUGUACGUUCACCGAGGACUGUAUUACAAAGGGGAGAAGAUGCACAUCGAAACUAUUUCUGCCUACACAAAAAUCCUGGGCCUUGAACAUCCAUCCACACUAGACACAAUGAACAACCUAGCGAAUCUAUAUCUUGAGCAAGAGAAAUUUGCCGAAGCGGAAGAGAUGUUCAAUCGAUCACUCGCGGGAAAAGAAAAAUCUCUUGGACGGGAUCAUCCGUCUACGCUCGAGACACUCAACAAUCUUGGAAACCUCUGCUUUAGGAGAGAAGACCUGGAACAAGCCCAAGGCAUCUAUACUAGAGUACUUACCGCCAGAGAGCUAAGCGCUGGAAAAGAGCACAUAUCGACUCUCAAUGUCGUUUCAAAUCUAGGAUGUGUAUACCGCCACCAGGGAUACCUGGACCAGGCCGAGGAAUUAUUCUUGCGAGCCUUGGAAGGAAGAGAGAGUACUCAAGGUCUAGACGACAUAUCAACCAUUCGGACGGUCGAGAAUCUUGCUCUGUUGUAUACUGACCAAGGCAGAACAAAUCAAGCAGUGCACAUGUACCUGCGCUCACUGAUUGGGAAGGCGAAGCUGCUGGGGCCGGAAGACCCGAUGACUCUCGCCACUCUCAGUGACCUCGAAAAUCUAAUUUUCAAUCUUGAAGGAAUACACGUCACAGAGAAAGUCUAUGUAGCCGCCUUACACGACUUCCAGAAGUCCAUUGGAACUGAUAAUCCUUUUUCUGAGAGGGCCAGAAGGAUCAUAUUAUCACUUAGGUUUCGAGACGACCAUUCCGGAAUUUCUCCCACGGGGUCGCUAGAUCAUUUACCUCUCAUCAUGCAACCUUCAUACCCGCCUAUCGAAAUUGAAUACAUCGACGAUAUUGCGCCGCCCGUUGUUAUAUAUGAUAACAAAGGUUUCGCUAAUUUCCCUUUGAGAGCAGGUUGGGAGAUAGAAACACUAUUGGAUUUCGAGAUUGACCGGGCUUCAAACAAGAGCGAAAGGUCCGUGGCGGCUUUCAUCCAGCAGUGGCUUUUUUUUGGUUUGCUCUCGGCUGCCACAGGCCACAAAUAUACUAUGGACAACCUCUUGGCCGUCUUUACGAGGGUCUCUCCCAGCUUGAAACGGAGAAUUAUUACUACUAGACACCUCGAGAAAUACCUAGUGCAAUGGAGGGAUAGUAUACCCACAAAGGAGCUCCAGAAUGAUUCUGAGACCUUGAAAGGCCUCGAAGCCAUCCUAGACGAAGCACGACGCGCACUAGGUAAAAUGAGCGACAGUGUGCAGGGAGGUUACAACCACCUUUUGGCAAAUUAUUCUACCAUCUCCCUCUCUAUCUUGGUGCUCGGGGUUGUUUUUACAGAAGCAAAAUGCCGUAUCUGGCCAGGAAGCAGAACAAUCCGGUGGCCACAGAGUGUACUGAUAUUAUCGAAAAUGAAGGAGCAUGGAUGGUGUCCAAGUGACAUUCACAUGUUGCAGGAAUCUUUGACACCAGUUGGCAUGUAUUUUGCCAGUCUUUGUCAACCGCGAAUGGCCCAGCACGACCAUACACGAUCCAAGUGCGACAGAAAUGUUUGUUACUGCAUGAAUAUAAACGACACAGCAGAUAAUGCCUUUGUGCCGACACACACGGCGGAUUGCGACGGUCAGUGUGCCCUCGAGGAUACUCAUCACUCUCUGCUCAAAGCUCUGACCGGAGAGGACACGCUACCUGUGGUUAGCUUGGAAGAAAACACGGACGGAAAAUUCAGCCUUGUUAUGUCGGCCUUGAAGCUCGGUCAAGAUCAAAAUUACAUUGCAAUUUCACAUGUAUGGAUGGAGGGUUUGGGCAAUCCACGCCAAAAUGCACUGCCCACAUGUCAAUUGAGGCGCAUCCAGGAUUUCGUUACGGCCGCAUCUCAUGGUCAGACCAAGUACUUCUGGAUCGAUACUCUGUGCGUUCCACAGGACAGUUUCAACCCGAAAUCGCAACCGUCACGAAUCCGUGCAAUGUGUGAUAUGGAAGUGGUAUAUCGUUCUUCGCUAGCAGUUUUGGUACUUGAUCCCCAACUCCUAUCUAUAAGCCAGGGGGCGGCGCCAGAAGAACAGCUUGUCCGAAUUGUGUGCUGCAGUUGGAUGAGGAGACUCUGGACGCUGCAGGAAGCUGUGACCGGGUCGAAGAUUCUGCUGCAAUUUUCUGACGGAGUCUUCGAUAUGAUAGAAGGAUUUAAGGAUUUCAAGACGUCAACGAAGCUUUCUGCGAUGUCGGAAAUAACUGCCCUGACUGGACUGAUUUCUUCCAGCAUCCGUCAAGUAGAGGACCUAAAACGCUUCAGACGAGAUCGGAAAAGUGGACACCUUUUCCCAGCAGUAUGGAACGCUUGCCGGACCCGUACCAACAGCAAGGCCCAGGAUGAAGCAUUUUGUCUUGCAGUGAUGCUUGGGCUUGAUACUCUUCCAAUCUUGGCGGCCCCCAACAAUGAAAAGUGGAAGAGGCUUCUACUCCUUCAAAAAUACUUUCCCAUAGACCUACUGUUCUCUCCGGUUCCCAGAUUAUCUGAACCGGGCUAUCGGUGGGCGCCAUUACCAUUCAGCUGGUAUAAAGGAACAAAAGUCUAUCUCAAGCGGAAUUCUACAGCACUGGGAGAAGCGAGCGAUAAAGGUCUUUCAUUCACUGCACCAGGCAUGGUCCUCGCCCCUCUGCAGACCCCUCUGCGCACCGAACCUAUCACUAGCUCGAUGAUCUUGAUGCUUCGUGGAGAUAAACAAUCUCAGACCUGGUACAGGAUUAAACACAGAACUGAACCAAACUACGAUCAGGCGCAAUGGGAGGACUUUAGAAAUACUCUGCAUCGCGAUGCUAAGCUAGGUCUCAUAUUCGAUCAGGACAUUGACGAAAUUUCAUUUAAUUCUGCUCAUGGGGUCCUAGUAGCCCUUGAACAAGAUACUCUCGGGGACGGUAAUGACCUCUUUCAAGGGGCCUUUCUUGCCUGUGUCAGAGUGUACCCGGAGCCCCGAUUCAAUUCGACCUUGCUCGAUCGAUGGCUGCAGGAGGGGACCUUAGAAGAAGAGACCCAUUAUCGGACUGCCGUGGGUACUAGACUGCUGUCAUCGCAGAAGUGGUGUGUCAGAUAA